AUGGGAAUGCUCUUGUGUGGACCAAAUCAAGAAACUACGGAGUUAGUAAGUGAAACCAUACUCGAAUCGUUUGGAGAGCCAAUCGAACAUUUUGAAUAUCUCGGCGGUCCGAUGUAUGAUAUCAGCAAGAAUGGAACUAUCACACCAAAUUAUCACUUUUUGAGCGCUGCUGGUUUCAUGACCGCUACUGUGAGUGUUUCUUUCGCAAUAAUCAUUUUCUGUGCCGUAAAAUGCUACUCAAUUAUCAAAAAGAUGAUAUCUUCGACUACAAUCUCAUCUAAAUCUCGUUCUCUUCAAUCCCAAUUGUUCUAUGCACUUGUUACCCAAAUCAUAAUACCAACUAUUGUGUUGGAUCUGCCUCUUACUAUAUUCUUUGCUUUAAACUUAGCGAAUAACGGCAUUGAAGGAAACAGUGGAUAUUUAUCUUUUAUUGUCACUUUAUAUCCAAAUGUUUCUCCAAGAAAACUCAUCCUGAAGAACUGGCCUCAGCUUCUCAUAUGUAUAACAGGUACUCAAGUACCUAUGGCAAAUUUGGCUUAA